GCACCCCCACUAGCCCCCCUCUCGAGCUCCCAGUCCUAUAAAAUCCGUCGCGAGGUGCCACGAAACACCUCGCACCCACCACACCGAGCUAGGGAUUAAAAACUUGGCCUUUAGCGCUCUACUGGGUACGAACGCCGUACUUGCACCGGUUGCCCGCGUCGUGGUGCGAGAAGCCAGGAGAAGCGAGGCGCCGCGGCACACAGAGACGGCGGCCGGCGUGUCGUUGCGAGGAGGAGGCAAGGAGGAGCUGAUCAGCCAUGCAGGGGGAGGAGAAGAGGGGGAAGGUGAAGAAGGGGUGGCUGGCGGUGCGCGUCGGCGCCGAGGGCGACGAGGGCGGCUUCCAGCGGUUCGUCAUCCCCAUCGCCUACCUCUACCACCCGCUCUUCCGGCGCCUGCUCGAGGCCGCGCGCGACGCCUACGGCUACGACUACUCGGCGGGGCCGCUGCGCCUGCCGUGCUCCGUUGACGAGUUCCUCCGCCUGCGCGCGCUCGUCGACCGCGAGACGCAGGCCGCGCCCUCCUCGUCGUCGCACCGCGUGCACGCCGGCGGACACGGCCACUACUCCCUGUCCCCGUGCACCCGCGCCAAGGUCAGCUCCUGAGAUGCCUGUGCCUGGUUGCCUGGUCGACUCGAGUUCUGCUGCUUGGCUUCCAUUCAUGCCGUGCGCGCGCGCGCGGCGACCGCGAGGAGUCCAUGUCCAUCGAUCGAGCCGGAGGUGUAGAGAGAGAGGGGGGAGAGGCAGUAGUAGUAGAUUAGUCUUGGGGGGUGCUUCCUCUUUGAUUUCGAGUGUUGGCUUUGGCCUUCUCCUUUUGCGUCUGAUUUGGCAGAUGCGCAUGUACUAUACAGAUACAUCGAUGUAUAAUUACUAGCUGAAUUGACACUCCAUACAUAUACAGAUCUUCACGGCUUGAUAGAACA